CAGAAAUUGAAAUAAGCUAAUAAUAUUAUUAAAAAUAAUAAUUCUAAGUCUAAGAAGUAUUACAUGAAUUUCGAAUAAUUGUACAAAAUUUAAGACAAUAUUAUAAUUAUAACUAAACUCUAAAAGUUUUGGUAGGUACCUGUAACCAAGGAAGGGGUACUUUUUAGUUUUUAUUUAUUAAAUUUAAACAAAUUGCCUGUACCGUGUACUUUUUAUAUUAAUAUGGAUUUUUGAAUCAUCAAAUGAAAAUGUAUUUAAAAUUUAAUUUAUCAAUCUUCUGAUUCUUAUUAAACUUAUUACUGUUAUUAAUAUUUUAUUAUUACUAUUACUUAUUGUAUCAAUAUUAAUUAUUAUUAAUUAAGCAGACUAUUUUGUAACUAAGACUAAGAUGUGGAUGUCCAAGUAAUCAUUAUUUAUUAUUAUUUUUUAAAUAUUUUUCUAUCAUAAUUCAUAAUCAUUGAUUAAAAUUAUAUAUAUAUAUAAUUAUUGAUUAUCAGUCAUAAUGAUAAUGUCAAUGUUAUCAAUCAUAAUAUUAAUAUGUUCCAUAACUUAAAUUUAACUAUUAAACUAUUAAUUAUAAAAAUUAAUUAUCAAUAAGGAUAUAUUUUAUAUAGAUUAUAUAUAAAUAUAGCAUAGGCUCAUAAGUUAUUAUACUUAAUAAGUUUAUUAUUAGAAUAGAACAACUCGGUAAACACUUUUUUUUUUAUACUUCACAUUCACAGUCAUAGUAACUUGUCAAUAACUGUUAAUUAUCAUUGGUUUUAUACUAAUGUCUUUAUACCCUGAACCAGCAGUUAACAGACAUAUCCCUGUGGCUCUACAGGCCACGUAGGGCCUUGGCCUGCCUCAUGAUUUCCUUUCAGUCAGACCUAACUGAUGCUUUUCUUUGUAUACAUGGAUUCCCAGCUGCUGUAGAUCUUUUUCACAUCCAUCCAUUUGAUCUGAGUUCUGCCUUUGAGCCAUUUUCCUCAGCCUUUUGGUGGUGCACCCUCUUCACACCUCUGUCAUUUGGAAUUCUUUUUAAUUUUCCCGCCUAGCGUAGCCUGCCCUUUUUUUUAUUUCUGCUACUAGUGUGGGAUCCUAAUAUAGUCCAUACAAUUCCUGGUUGGUUAGUAUUCUCCAUCCAUAUUCAUCCUUUGUUGGUCCAUAUAUUUUCUGGAGAACUUGUCUCUCCCAUGUGUUUAAUUGGCUUUCUGCUGUUUUUGUUAGGGUCCAAGUUUCCCUUGCAUUUUUUACAUCUGUUCCGAUUACCUAAAUUACAGUUUAAUAAAUAGUUUUCUUAAUUUUUCUUGUAAUGUUUUUAAUUUUGAACAUUUUGUGACUACUGAAGUAUGCCCUCUUUUUCUGGCAGAUAUUCUUUCUUUUAUUACUGUUGGUAAUUCAUUUCUUUCAUUUAUUAACGAUCCUAGGUAUUUGAAUUGAUUUACUUUUUCAAAAGUGUGGUUUCUAAUUUUAAUGGUUUCAUUGGUCUGUUCUUCUCUUAACAUUGUCAUGUAUUUUUUUUUUUUUUUUUUGGUUUUUAACUUCCAGCCAUGCUUGUAUUGUUGCAUCUUUUAAUUCAUUAAAAGCCUUUUAUAGGCCUUACUACUUUUCCCUAACUGUGCUAUUUCAAGAAACGAUCCUAGGUAUUUGAAUUGAUUUACUUUUUCAAAAGUGUGGUUUCUAAUUUUAAUGGUUUCAUUGGUCUGUUCUUCUCUUAACAUUGUCAUGUAUUUUUUUUUUUUUUUUUUGGUUGUUAACUUCCAGCCAUGCUUGUAGUGAUGCAUCUUCUAAUUCAAUAAAAGCCUUUGAUAGGCCUUACUACUUUUCCCUAACAGUGCUAUUUCAAGAUACUCUAGGGAUUGGUUGUAGCAAGUGCCUACUGGUAGUGGGUCUUGGGUUUACCUCAGAAAGUAGCCUGUUAUUGUUCCUAGGGUGUCAAUAUGGAUGCUUCUUAUAACUCUCUAUAAUGUUUGGUUAAAUGGCAUACAAGACAGUAAGUCUCUGUUAAUGAUCUGUUUGUUUUUUGUGAGUGCUUGUUUGGUGCUGAGAGUAUUUGUUUAGAUUUCCAUAUGUGCUUUGUAUUUUGUGACAUAUUUGGGUAUGAGAAAUGAUGUUGUCUAAUGUUAUGUUUUAGCAGCAGUAAUGGGGUGGUAGUAAUGGAGUUGUAAAGUGACAGAAGAUGCUGUUUAUUUAGUAACGAGACAUUUGUUAUAUUGAUCAAUGGUUUGUUAAAUAAUUAAAUCACCCCUAGACAACAAAGCUAUUGAACUGUUAAUCCAGUUUGUAACAGUCUCCUUGUCUUAGGCCUCAUCUAAUCUGAAAUUCCCUUGAGUAUUCUCCCAGAACCUUGAUUUUGCUUUUUCAGUUGUUCAUGUCAGUUUGUUGGAUAUGCCAACUCCUGCAGAGUCUCAUAUAGAUAUUUUCUUUUUAUGGUGUCCCAUUUUAUAGGCCACAUAGAGUUGAUAUACUGGGAUAGUAUAUUCAUAACAUUUCUCUAAUAGGCAUCUGAUGGUGAAAAUUUGAUCAGUCGUUGAUUUUGUCUGAAUCCACAUUGAUAAUCACCUAGUAUCUGUUCAGUGUACGUUUGUAGUCUUUUCGCAGUUAGUUUUGUCAGUAUUUUAUAUGUAAAAUUUAAUAGGGAAAUUCUUCUGAAGCUUGUGCAUUUAAGUUUAGAACUUUUCUUGUGUUUUGGGGUUAGUAGUGCUGUUUCCCAUGCUGUUGGAAUGGUUUAUGUGUCUGAGUGUUUAGCUCUCUUCCUAUUUGAUACAUUCUUCUGUGAUGGGGUCUUCUCCAGGGGCUUUGUGGUUUUUCAUGGAAUGGAUUACUUCAGUAGUCUUUUUUCCAAAGUUGGAGAGUUUAUGAAGGGGUCUAGUUCUCCAUGUUGUGUUAAUAAUCUUUAUCUUUUCCAUUAUCUCAAAUUAGUAUUCCCUCAAAAUAUUCAGCCCACCUCUCCAGUACAUAACUAUUUUCCAUAAUUAAUUCUCCAUCAUUGCUCUCACACAUUUGAGGUCUGGCUUGGUAACCAUUCUUUUCGUCUUUUAUCUUCAUGUGCAUUCCUCAGAUAUUUCCCUCUCUUGAUAAGUCUUUAUUUCUUUUAGUUUAACAUUUUCCCGUUCCCUUUUUAUCGUCCUACACAUUUUUGUGGCUUUCCUUCUAGCCCCAUUGUAUAUUUGUCUCACAGACACAUAUAAUAUAUAAAAUUAUGUGCUUCUGUCUUUGGGCCGAAGUUUGGUACAAGUGAAAUUUUUUUAAAUUUAAAAAUCAUUUCUACAGUGCUUAUUAAGUAAAUUACUGUGUUUAAGCUGUUUCUAAUCCAUUGCCUUUUUUCUUUCUAGAUUUCAUCAAACAUGAUUCCACCUUACACAAUGAAAGAGGUUGUAACAUUUGUGUAUGGUCAUCCAAGAACAGCACCUGUGCUUCUGUCUUUACUAGGAUGUUUUGCCGUACAGAAAUUAAUAUACACUUUAUGGAAAAAAAAGAGCGUGAGAAAUAAAAGAAGUUUAAGAAGGGCAAAAGCAGAAAAACGGAGAACAAUAAUUGAAGGUCGUUUGGCUAAGGUACUACUAGUAUUAUAUUUUAAAUAAGUUUCUUUCAAUUUCUGGCUAUGGUUUUUUAAGUUCAAUUUAUAGAAGAGAAAAUAAGUUAUUUACCUUGAUUCAAUAAAUACUUCUUUAAAAAAAAAAUUACUUUAAUCCAUGCACUUUAAAAAAGGCCCUUUCCAGAUUCUAGACUUCAUCUGUUGCAGUUCAACCAAAUUUAUUGUUAAUUUUUGGUUUUAAAUGAAUACACUAGUUUUAAUAAGCCAUUACAAGAUAUUAUGAUAGUAACAAUAUUACUUUUCCUCUUUAGCACUUGUUUUAAUUCUAAGUUACAUGGUACAUAUACUAGUGGAAUGACUAAUCUUGCUGCAGACCAUUUGAAGAGGGCUCAUAAACAAAUAAGCACUGGUCUACUGAUACACUAAAAGCAAAUAGAAAUAUAAAUAAUAUAUUGUUUUAAUAUACUUAGUAUAAAUUGAUCUUUAUUCACAUUUCACAUUCCCACUUCAGGUUUCACCACCUUCUGAAGAAAUACUAAACAAAUCAGCCUCAGAGCUUGUAGAAGCCCUUCACUCUGGUGAUCUAUCGGCAGUUGAAGUGUUGUAUGCUUAUCAAAGAAGGGUGGGUCAUUGUUAUUAAAUUAUGAAUUAAAUAAAUCUAAAAAUACUUUAAAAGCAUAUAAUUAACUAAGUUAAAAAGGUAAUUUUAUUGAUCCAAAUAAAUGGAAGUGUGUUUUUUUAUUCAUUACACUUAUUUUUUUCAAUCUUGAAAAUCCUUGUUGAGUUUUUUGUUGUUCUUUAAAAUUAGACUGUAGCAAGACUUUGGUUGAAUAAUUGUGCGGUAUGAAUAAUUGUUGACGUCUUGACCGUGAGUUGUAAUUUUGAACAGAGUCUUGGCUUUUUGUUUGAACUUAGUUCUCAUUUUCUUUUUUCCAAGAUAAUAGACACUAUUUAUUUCUGUAGCUGAAUUGUCUUUGGGUGGUUUCCAUAUGCCAGAAAAUAUAUUUUUUUUUCCAAAAUGGUGAAUAUGAAUAAGUUUUAGUUCAUGCCAAUGAUGUCCAAAAAAUCCAUAUAACCACUGUUCCUCACAAUAAACAACACAAGUUUAUCAAUUAAAACCAAAUCAAGCACAUUCAACACGCCUUGAUUCCAAGGAAAACUUUUUAAAAACCUCCAAACUAUUAAAAAAGCUGAAAAAUUAAAUCAAGUUACCUACAUAGCGGUGCACAAGAGCAGUUUUUUUAGAAACCAUUUAUCACUUAUGAUCUUAGCAAAAUUUCUUUUAAAAAAAAAGUAAAAAAAGUUAAUUUGAAAAAAGAUUAUUCUAGGUUAAUAAAAAUUAAAAGUUAACACUAGAAUAAAAUUAUAUUUGUUGCAUUCUGAUAAAACAUUAAAUUUACAUGUAUGCCUUGCCUUUUAAAUGUAUUUUAUCCUUUUGUAAGCUGUUCUGGAUUUACUAUUUCCAUUUGGUAACCAUUUCUAAACUUUUGCUGUCUUUCCUACCAGGCAUUAAGUCUCACAAAAGAAAUCAAUUGUAUUACUGAAUUCAUCCCAGAAGCAGAGGUAAAUUUACCAAAUCUUUUAUUGUCAUUCUUGUUUACAACUUUUCUCCAUAACAUAUUAAUUUUUUACAGUUAAAUCAGAUGAUAAUGAAUAACAUAUUUUUUCAAGGCACAAGCAAAGAGAUUAGAUGAAUGCCCAACCAAAACUGGUCUGCUCCAUGGCAUGCCCAUAAGUUUGAAAGAGAAUAUUGCAGUCUCUGUAAGUUUAUUCAUACUGUUCUUUAAAUAAAGUAUUGACACAUUCAUUUUUCUGCAACAUGUUUGUCCUGAUGGAUAUUGCUACUCUAUUAAAUAUUUCUCCAUGCCAAAAAAACAAUGUUUCCCAAAAUUGUUAUGGCCACCUCACUGCUUUUAAUUUUUGCAGCUAUUCUCUGCCGAACCUAGGCAAUAUAUUACCAGAUAGCAUACCCUUUUUGGGGGAAACGCAACCCUUCAGUGACAAGGGAGACAAUUGUGGGACCCUUGAAUUUUUUUUUUUUUUUUUUUUUUAAGUACUAAAGGUAUUGCUACAUUAACGAGAUAAUCAGAGUAAUUCUCCAUUGAACUUUGAUUUUAGUUUAAAAAAACUAUGGGUUUUACUAGAUGUCAUCAAGAUUCAAAACAAAAACGUUUUUGAUAUUUAUAAGACAGUAAUAAAAUAACAGUCAUGAUCAAUGGUGUUCAUUUUCAUGAACUACUAUCAGUUGUCUUUUAUAAUCCAAAUAUUUCAUUUAAUUUAUUUAUUUUAUUUUGCCAUAUAGAUAUUCUUCUAUAACUGACAUUCAUUCCAUGCAAAAAUUUAUUUUCUUCCAGGGCUAUGAUACUACAGCUGGCAUGGAAAUAAACAUUGAUAAAAAUGCCACUGAUGACUGUGUUGCUGUAAAGGUAAGCUAACAAUCCAACUACUUAAUUUGACCAUCUAAAGGCGCUUAAAUGAUGAUCUAUUUUAUAAUUUUUUUGUGCUCUGGUUAUCAAUUUUUGUGUGACUUAUUGCCCCGCUUUAAAUCAUUUUAAAAAAGUCUCAAAAUCUUAUCAUAAAGCAAAUGAACUGCAGACGAAAAAAAAAAAAAAGACAAAAAUGUUGUAAGUGUACAGAGAAAUUUAAAAUAUAAUAAUUAAAAUAUUUUUUAACUGAACAUACACCUCAAAGGUUAUUGCUAUAAUUAACAGUGCAGCACCAUUUUAAAAAAAAUAGGAUUUGUUCUUAAAUUCUCAUCGUAUUACAUUAUUUUAAAAAUUAACAGAAUCCCCACUGCCAUUUCCUGGAUGUUUGUGUUUCAAACUAUAAAUAUAUAUUCUACUCAAGACGAAAAAAAUUUAUAGCAAAAAUUAAUGCUACUUAAAAUAUAUUUAGGUAUUAAAACUACAUGGGGCCAUUCCCUUUGCCAGAACAAAUAUUCCGCAAACAAUGUUAAGGUAUGUGCUUAAGAUUUUCCUUCUCUUUAGCUCUCAUUAAUUUUCAAUUGUUACUCUAUAUGGUUAAAUGUAUAAUGCAACUAUCACACCUUUAAAACCAUCAGUUGGAUAGGAAUAGGCUUUAAUGUGUUGGACUAAAAAUUUAUCUAAAGCAAUAAUAUUCAUAAAUGCGAAGAGAUAAAUAAUCUAUAUCUUAUCUUCGAUAACACAACAAGGUAUAUUAAUGGGAAAGGUUGAGUUUUGUACUAUGGAAAAGGUUGAGUUUUGUACCCAGAAAUGUUUGCAAUGCCAUUUUCCUUUCACACAAUUGCCAAUGAAAUACUGGAACAACUGUUUCAGUUUUCCCUUAAAGAAACACUCUUUCUUUUGAUUGGGUUUGCUUGGUAUGUAUGAAAGCUUAUGGUGCUCAAGUGUAGCAGCAAGAUGGAAGUGGUAGUAGCAGUGCAUCUGCAUUGCAAGAUCCUCACAAGCUCCUAAAUUCCUCUACACUUUCUUCUAUGUGUAUAAAAUAACUAAAUACUGAACUCAAACAGUUCACCAGCAAUCUACACAAAAUUUGUAAUUAUUAAGUGAAUAAAAAUUAAAAGGUGUAUUGUUAUGUGACAGUGUUCAAAGUCCAAGAUUUUGAGAGCUGACUGUAUAUAACAAUUUAAUGAAGCUGGAACAAUAAAUAUAUUUUUUUUCUGUUUAGUUACUGCUGUGAAAACCCUAUCUAUGGUGAAACAUUAAACCCUCAAGACAAGACGCGAUGUCCUGGGGGUUCAUCAGGAGGAGAGGGAGCCAUCAUUGGAGGAGGGGGUUCCAUGAUGGGCAUUGGUACUGACAUUGGUGGCAGUGCAAGGAUCCCAGCUGAAUUUUGUGGCAUUUUUUCCUUGAAAACAACUAGGGGGCGCAUUAGGUCAGCUAGUAACUUAUUAAUUAGUGUUAAUUUUUCACGUUUUAAGUAAAAAAUUGUUUAAUGAAUAGCCAAUAGUAUCAUUAAAAAUUUAAAGAUGUGUAUUUAAAUUUAAGACAUCAUUAAAUUGCAUUCUUAGUCAUAUACAAUGUUACAUAACAAUAAUGUGCGGUAUAUAGAAAAAAAAUUAGAUUAUAAAACAACACAAAUGAUUUCUAUCUAUCUUUACUUUUUGAUAAGCAAAUUUUUACUUUUAUAUCCUCAAAGCCAAAUUUCUUGUAAGAAUUUUAUUGCAUUUCUUUAAACAUUAUAAUGUAAUUUCAUUUUAAAAUGUAGUUUUAUUUUAAAAUUACCAUCUCCAACAGCUCAAAAAAUUACUACACCCCAGUAAGAGGCAAUUUAGCAAGUAAGUAGAUUAAAUAGUUGGCAAAUAUUUAAUCAAAAUAUUUUCUUAUGAAUUUGAUUUAAAAUAGUUCAAUAUUUCUUAUUUUCUAAGUUAUUGAUUAAUUUUUUUAUCUCUUCAGUUCAAGGAUCAAUUGGUCCCUUGGCAAGAAAUUUUGAUGCUCUCUUAUUGUUGUCUCAAGCACUUAUGUCUCCUGAAAUGUAUGAGCUGGAUCGAUCACUGCCACCUUUACUUUUUGACAAGCAGGUAACUAAGGCUCAGAUGAUAAGGCUUUGUGUACUCCUGGGCUGAUGGGUGUUUUUCUUUAAACACAUUUUUAGAGGAAAAAAAUUAUUGCACAGCUUUUGGAUAAGGACGCUUUAGUGAAAACAAAUGAAGGAUUCAAACGUAUUUUUAAGAUGCAAAUAUUCGUCUGAGAUACUUAGACAUAUGCAUAAGAGACAUGAAGUCGGCCAACAUCGACAUCUCAAACUCGGAGGAGCUGGCAGAGGAUCGAUCCUCAUGGCGGGACAUCGUGAAGGCAGGAUCACUACAUGCCGAGGAGCAAAACAGGGCGGAAACAGCUGCAAAAAGAGCGAGGGGGAAGGCUGGUAAAUACUACUUCACCGCAUUCGUGUGUGGGAAAUGUAACAGAGACUGCCAUUCGAGGAUUGGUCUCACCAGCCACACCAAGAGCUGCAAGCAAUAAAGAUAAUCUAUCGUCUCCCGCAGACGGAAAGAUGCCAUACAUACAGACAUUCCUAAAUAAGUUAACAUGUUUGGGCAACUAGAAAACUAAUAAUCAAAAUACCCAUUUUACAUCUAAAUGUAUUCUUAAUCUAUCAAUCACUUGAAAUAAGAAAAAAAACACAAACUUAAUAUUAAAUUAAAAAUAAUCAGUCACUUACUGUUUUAACUAUCCCUAACGCCUAACAUGCAUUUAUCAUUACUAGGGUAAAUUAUACUUAGGAGAGACAGGUCGUCGCCUUGGAGACCGGCUUAGAGAACACCUCUAUAACAUAAAUAAAUAAGCUCUCUGUCCAGUCUCCAAACAUUUCAAUAGCACUAACUGUGAUGGAAUUUUAGACAUUGCAAUUACUGGUAUAAUGUAUACUAGUAACACAGCGGAUAGGAUCUAUAUGGAGCAUGAAUUAGAUUUGGUACGUUGACAAUGUUCCCUCUAAGGUUUGUUGGUUCGUGUGCAAAAUCAUACAGUUAUGUGCAAAGCUUUACAGCUUCAUUUUUUUUUUCGGAAAAUUUUACUGCCCACUCACUUGCAUGGAAAUUUGCUGCACGGUACUCAAAACUGUCUGUGAGACAGCCGUGCAGCUUAAAGGGAACAUUGACUUUGACUCCAUACGGGAUAAACCAAAUCCACAAUUUUGCGUAGCUGCCAUGUCUUUUUCCUGUUUGUUUUCUUUACAUUUUACUUCAAAUCACUUCCUUUCCAUUCUUCUUUACUUUGUUUCUGUCUGGUUUUUACGCUCACUCCCAUUUUUUCUCUUAUUUUAGGUAAGAUAUAUGUAUAUAUAUAUAUUAUGUAAAUUUAAUUUAUACUUAUUUAAAAGUUUUGGUGUUAUACUGAUGUGCCAAAAUGCUUGUGUAUUAUGUAAAAUUAUUAUUUAAGCUUAACAUAUAUUGUAAUAUUGACACAAAUUGUAUUGUCUAAUUAAUAUAUUUUAAAGCUUUAUCACAGUCCAACACUCUUAUAUUUAUCAUGAAGGUUAAAACAAAUGAAGUCUUAAGAAAAGGGCACAUUUUAAAAAAUAGAGAAAGAUUUCUUUUUCCAUGAAACAUUAUUUUAUGAUUUGUAGAAAUAUGAAAAGAAAGGACCUUUACGUAUUGGUUUCUAUACAUUUGAUGGGACGUUUGAGUGUCUACCACCAGUUGUGAGAGCCGUGCAUGAAGCAAAAAAAGCCUUGGAACUAAUGGGCCACGAGGUGAGAUAUUUAUAAUGAUAUAUUAAAAAAAGUUUAAUUGAUUUUUUUAAUGAUAAUCUUACUUGAUAGUCUACAAUUUCUGUAUAAUGAUUGCUGGUGAGAUGAUAUGUUCAUUGUAUAAGUUUAAAAAAAAUUAUUUAUAAUUUCUUGUAAGCAAAAAUUAAAUUGUACAUCCUAUUUGUGUUUAAAAAUAACUAAUUCUCUGCACGAGGUAACUACCUAUCAAAUAGCUUUAUCUGCAACAACCUUUCUUGAAAUAUUGAUAAUUUCAAAGAAUAAUAAAUAAUAUAACAGUAUUACAGAACAAAUUGCCAUUGGCUUCUCAGAUUGUUUUUUUUUAAAUGAAGUGUACAUUUUAACCUAAUUAUUGUUUACAAGUCAAUACUAUAGUUAUCAAUCUCAAGCAUUUAAGAAAAAGUUAUAAAUUUUGUAAAACGUUUUUCUAACACUUUUUCAGGUUGUUCCUUUUGAUUUUCCUAAAAUAUUGGGCUCUGGUUUCAAAAAUGCAGAUUUCUUUGUUCGCAUCAUGAUG